GGGAGUCAGGCGUCCGUAAUAUGAAUGACUAUUCACACCUGUCCCUUGGGUUGCCCGACAAAUGGCCUUGCAGAUCCUGGCAACUUGUUGCGGUGUACGAUGUCACCGCCAGUACGCCCAAGGCGCUACUGCGAGGCUAUUGAGAUGAUGCGUGGAUCUGCAAACUCAGCCAUGCAUAAUGCCGCCGCCAUGCAUUUCAAGGCGGGCCAACUCAUCAGACCGUGUGGCGAUCAUCCGGGCGGCCGACCAAAGGGUCUCCACAGACCCUGGAUGACAGCCUUAUAAUGGAACAUCCGUGCUGCUACCACUCCUAGAUCGAUCACACAAAGUUCGGUACAGUACCUACCACAGUCAUGUCUAAAGAGAUUGAUCCAUGCGGGUGCGACGACACUGCACCCACUCGGGAAUUGGUUCUCUGCUUCGACGGCACCGGAAAUACCUUUCGUGCAGAUGGAAGCGAGACCAAUAUCCUCAAGAUCUUCCGCAUGCUUGAUCGAACCAAAGAUAACAGAUAUUGUUACUAUCAGCCUGGCAUAGGAACCGACGUUACCGCCGGGUCGUUUGCAAGCCUAGCAUACCAGCCCUUCACCAACCUUCCGACCAAAAAGAUUGUCGAUCAAGCUCUGGCGACAUCUUUCAACGAGCAUGUUAUCUCAGGCUAUCGCUUCCUCGCCCGCCGAUGGGUCCCCGGGUCCAGAAUCUAUCUCUUUGGAUUCUCGCGAGGAGCAUACACAGCUCGCUUCCUAAACGAGAUGCUGGAUUAUGCAGGUCUUAUCUCCGCCGAUAACGAAGAAACCAUUCCAUUUGUUUGGGAGGCGUUCCUCCGAUACAAGUUUGCGGAUCCUGGCAAGGAACGGGAUGACGCAGAAGCGUCUCUGCGACUCAGUCGAGAAACCAUGUGUCGGUCCCCAGGACUCGUCCAUUUUCUCGGACUUUUCGAUACUGUCAAUAGUGUUGCUGAGUUCAACCGCGAUGUCAGUAAGGACAACGAACUUCAGCCGAGCCCGAAGAUCAUGCGACAUGCGGUCAGCAUUGAUGAAAAAAGAAUCAAAUUCCAGCCCGUUCUAUUCGAUCCACCACCCAUCGGCGGCACAAAAGCAAGGACCCAUCACGUCAGCACAUGGGCUGCAAACGGGGAAGCUGCUAUCUCCGGGGUUCCUCAUCCCGAGGUCAAGGGGGACUUUGAGGAGGUAUACUUUGCUGGAGAUCACAGUGAUGUGGGGGGUGGAUGGCCAUCUCAUAAGACCAAGGCCAGCCAAAUACCCCUUAUGUGGAUGGUGCAGGAAGCCAUCAUGGCCGAUCUCACAUUUGACCCGACCCAGCUCAAGAAGCAUGAUUGCUUCGAUCCAAGAGUGGAGGACUACAAUCGCGACGUUGUUCAGGCUGCCGAGCAAGCCGAGAUCCAUGACUCGCUUGGCUACGAUUUUGGGAGAGGGCUCGAGGUUCUCUUCUGGCGCAUGAUGGAGUAUAUGCCCUUCAAGCGUCCAAAAGUCUCACCUGAUGGGGAGGUCACGGAGACCCGAUGGCACGGCCGUGGCUUGCGAAGGCCACUGCCCCCAGCAGCCAAGAUUCAUUCCAGUGUACUUCACCGAUUACGCUAUGAUCCUGAAUACAAACCCUACAAUCUUGGAAUGGGGAAUAAAGGCACAGCGAAAGAGCAGCGCGAAGAGCAGCGUGAGCUCGGGCAGUGGAGACGAAUCGCGCACGGUAAGCUCUGUGAAUACUGGGUGAAAUUGCCCAGGAAUCGGGAGUGAGACACCUGUCUGUAAUUGUACAUUCCUCGUUCUUUCCAUCCUGUU